AUGCGCGGGGCUGGGACCGGGACCUGGGGCACGGCGGUGGCGGUGGCGGUGGCGGUGCCGCUGCUGCUGCUGCUGCUCGCUUGGUGCCCGGCUGCCGCCGCCGGCGACUGCAGAAAGAGCGACACCAGGCUGGUGUCGGAGCAGUUUUCACAGGCCCCACAGAAGCUGGCUUUCUACAGCUGGUAUGGCAGCGCCAGGCUCUUCCACUUCCGGGUGCCCCCAGACACGGUGCUGCUGCGCUGGCUGCUGCAGGUGUCCAGGGACAGCGGCCCCACCUGCACCAACGUGGAGAUCACUGUGUACUUCCGCUAUGGCGCCCCUCCCGUCAUCAACCCACUGGAUACCAGCUUCCCUGACAACACCUCGGUCCAGCCCUCCUUCCUCCUCAAGAUGCUGCACAGCAACGCCUCCCUCAACAUCUCCCACCCAGCACCUGGAGACUGGUUUCUGGCUGCCCACCUGCCCCCCUCAUCCCAUAAGAUUGAGGUGAAGGGCUUUGUUCCCACCUGUGCCUACAUCUUCCAGCCUGACAUGCUGGUCAUGCGAGUGGUCGAGGUCUCCAUCCUGGAGCCUGAUGUGCCACUUCCACAGAUCCUCCUCUCCCACCCCAGCUACCUCAAAGUCUUCAUCCCUGAGUACACCCAGGAGGUGCGGCUGGAGCUGCAGGGCUGUGCAUCCAACAGGAGCCUGGACUGCCCUGUGCGCCUCAGCGUGGGCUCGGCCACCCUGCCUGGAAACUUCCAGAAGGUGCUCACUUGCAGCAGCCCUACUCAGGCCUGCCGCCUGCUGCUGCCCUCACCACCCUGGGACCGGUGGCUGCAAGUGACGGCUAAGAGCCUGGCGGGGCCCCGUGCGUCCGUGGCUUUCAGUGCUGUGGCCACCCUCACAGCCUGCAGGCCGUGGAGUGUGAACUUCCAGCACCUUCUGCAGAGCAGCCCUAACCAGAGCAGUAACGCCUCCACCAGUCUGCCGCCCCCGAGCCCCAGCUACCAGGACCUGGACCGGAGGGGUGGGGUGGGUGGUGGCACCUUCUGCCUCAGGAGCUUCCCGGUCCUGCGGGAAGACAUGGACGUGGUAUCUGUGCGCUUCCGGCCCCUGGACAGGGUCUCGGUGCUCGUGCAGUCGGACAUGCCCUCAGUGAUGCGGCUGAACCUCAACACGGGCAUGGACAGCGGGGGCUCCCUCACCAUCUCCAUGCAGGUCAACAAGACUGCGAUUGCUGACAACACCUCAGUGGUGGCCUGUGUGACCGCCGCCUCGCCCUUCCUCAGCUUCAAUGCUUCGCUCAACUGCACCACAGCCUUCUCCCAGGGCCACCCCCUUUCUCUGAGUGCCUCUUCUCCCGUGGCCAACCUCAUCAUCCCAUAUCCAGAGACAGAUAACUGGUACCUCUCCCUGCAGCUCAUGUGCCCUGAAAGGCCUGAGGAGUGUGAGCAGGCCUCGGUCCUCGUGGAGACCACCUUGUACUUGGUGCCCUGCCUGAACGACUGCGGACCCUACGGCCAAUGCCUCCUGCUGCGCAGACAUGGCUACCUGUAUGCGGGCUGCAGCUGCAAGGCAGGCUGGCGUGGGUGGGGCUGCACAGACAACAGCACAGCCCAGACUGCAGCCCAGCAGAAGGCGGCCGCCCUCUUGCUCACCCUGAGCAACCUUGUGUUCCUGGCCCCCAUUGCCAUCUCCUUGCACCGCUCCCUCCUGGUGGAGGCCUCUGUCUACGCCUACACUAUGUUCUUCUCCACGUUCUACCAUGCCUGUGACCAGCCGGGCGAUGCGGUGCUGUGCAUCCUCAACUAUGACACGCUGCAGUACUGCGACUUCCUGGGCUCUGGAGUGUCCAUCUGGGUCACCAUCCUCUGCAUGGCCCGGCUAAAGGCAGCCCUGAAAUACGUUCUGUUUCUCCUGGGCGCUCUGGUCUUCGCCAUGUCCUUGCAGCUGGACCGCAGGGCUGCCUGGAACACGAUGGGGCCCUGCCUCUUUGCCAUCGUGGUCAUGGUCACCAUGUGGGUGUACCGCUGUGGGCGCCGGCGCCACUGCUACCCCCCCUCCUGGCAGCGUUGGGUCUUCUACCUCCUACCCGGCAUCUCCAUGGCCACUGUGGCCAUCGCCAUCUACACGUCCAUGAUGACCAGCGACAACUAUUACUAUACCCACAGCAUCUGGCACAUGCUGCUGGCAGGGAGCGCAGCCUUCUUGCUGCCGCCACGUGAGCAGCACUCUGAGCCCUGGUCCUGCUCCCAGAAGCUCACCUGCCACUAUGAGAUCUGCAGGAACCGCCAGGACGAGCUAUACACGGUGACAUGACACAGCCAGCUCAGGGACACCUGCAGCUUUGGUGAUCUCUCCAGCCAGGGCAGGACCAAGGGAGAGGGAGCCUGUCCAGAUCGAUUUCCAGCUGAAUAAAAUUGCCCUGCGCUCUCUUGCUUCCUGCUCCUGAGGAGCGGACCACACCCGCAACUCAUUUGUCACUGGCUUCCAGCUGACUCGGUCCCUCUGCAGGUCCCAGCUGGUGUCUGCAAUGGCCCCUGGGGCCUGGGCCCGGGCCUGGCUGCCUGGAGACCACAGGUAGCAUGAGUUCUUCUGGCCUGGGUAUGGUUAGAGGGAGAUGUGCAGUAAGA